AGAAGAAGAAGAAGAAGAAGAAGAAGAAGAAGAGAACAGAACAGAGGAGAACCAUCAGAACAUCAGAACCUCAGCCUGUGAACAUGGACUCCGCGGUGGAGCUCGACGGCAACGUGAUGGAGGGAGGCGGGCAGAUCCUCAGAGUCUCUGCGGCGCUGAGCUGCAUCACCGGGUCCGCCAUCAAGAUCAGCAAAGUCCGAGCCGGCAGGAGCACCCCGGGGCUGCGACCACAGCACAUGUGUAGCCUGCAGCUGGUCUCAGACCUGUGUUCUGGCGAUCUGCAGGGAGUCUCCAUCGGCUCCACCGACAUCAGUCUGAAUCCAGGAAAGAUCCAGUCUGGAAACCACACGGCUGACAUACAGACGGCAGGGAGUGUGUGUCUGCUGCUGCAGGCGGCUCUACCUUGCGCUCUGUUCGCUGACGCCUCCUCUCAGUUGUGUCUGAAGGGAGGAACCAACACAGAGAUGGCUCCUCAGAUCGACUACACCAUCAAGGUGUUUAAACCGAUGGUGGAGAGGUUUGGAGUCCAUUUUGACUGUGACGUCAGAUUGAGAGGGUACUACCCUAAAGGUGGAGGCGAGGUGAUGGUGACGGUGAACCCGGUCAAAGAGCUGCAGCCCAUCGUCAUGACGGAGAGAGGAAACAUCACCAAGAUCUAUGGCCGUGCGUUUGUCGCCGGAGUCCUGCCCUACAAAUUGGCUAAAGACAUGUCGGUUGCUGCAGUUCGAACCAUCAGGAGGGAAAUCAAAGAGCUGUACAUCAACAUCCCGGCGGUGCAGGAGAAAGAAAAGGCCUUCGGAAACGGCAACGGCAUCAUAAUAAUCGCUGAGUCAUCGACAGGUUGUGUGUUUGCAGGUUCAGCUCUGGGGAAGAAAGGUGUGUAUGUAGACAAGAUUGGCAUUGAAGCUGCUGAGAUGUUGCUGAGGAACAUCCGACACAACGGCUGUGUGGACGAGUUCCUGCAGGACCAGCUCAUCAUCUUCAUGGCGUUGGCCAAGGGAACGUCUCGGAUUCGAACCGGCGAGGUGACGCUGCACACAAAGACGGCCAUUCACAUCGCAGAGCAGCUGACUCAGGCAAAGUUCACAAUCACUAAGUGUGAGGACGAACUGAGCAGCAACGAGGGCUACAUCAUCGAAUGUGAAGGAUCAGGAGCAGCUAACACACACAUGUAGACACACACACUGUAGACACAAACAUACACACCUGUAGACACACACACCGUAGACACACACACACACACACACCCCUGUAGACACGCACACACACACUCUCCAGCUGCUUGCCCCCCGACCUUCAGCUUCUGUAUCUCAGGGUGUUUCAUUAAAACUGUAAUAAAUAA